CUCUUCUUCUCCCAAACCCUCGAUUCUUUUUCUCUCUGUUUUUGUUUCUUUCUCUGCAACUCUCCAACCAUCUCCCAUGGGGAAUUAUAUUUCUUGCUCCUUGGCCACGCCGUUGAUCAAGAAUUUCAAGGCGGUUAGGGUCGUGCUUCCAGGCGGCGAGGUCCGUCAGUUCCGGGAGUCGGUGAACGCGGCGGAGCUAAUGCUCGAAUGUCCUACUUACUUUCUCGCCAACGCUCAGUCUCUCCACAUCGGCCGCAGAUUCUCCGCACUCGCUGCCGACGAGGAAUUGGAGUUUGGUAAUGUUUAUCUCAUGUUUCCGAUGAAGAGAGUUAACUCCGUUGUCACGGCGGCGGAUUUAGCCACCUUCUUCAUGGCGGCCAACUCUGCGGCCAGGCGGAUUUCGGCCGCUAAGGUUAGGGUUAUACAUGAUAAUCGGAAUCGAGAAUCAGGUGAAUCGGAAGCGGAAUCGAGGCCGAGAAUUAGCGAUGAAAAUAACGGACCGAGAUUGAGCUUGGAAGGAAUCGAGGGAUUUCCGAUGCAUCGAUUGUCAGUUUGCCGGUCCAGGAAGCCAUUGUUGGAGACGAUUAAAGAAGAGCAUAUUAGGGGAAGAUAGGAAGAUUUCAAUACUUCGAUUUUUUGAUCGGAUCUCGAAUUUUGAAGAACACGAUUUCGGUGGGCGGAUUGAAAAGUCCGUUCAUCUGGAAUUUCAUUGGGCGCGCCUGGUUUCAUCAGACGGAGUCCAACCACAAGUUGUUCGGAGGAUGGAAACGGCGUCGUACUUGUGCUACCCUUUCCAUUCUUAUUUUUUAACCUGAAAUUGAAAUAAAGUUUUUUGACAGUAAAUUACCAGUUUACUGUGGUUGUGAAAAAAUAAUGAUCUAUUUUUAUAAUAAUUAUGUGUGGAGAUAAAUAUUUUGAGAUUA